AUGAGAUCUUCAUUUCCUAUAUUUCCUCCUCUUCCUCCUCCUCUUACUCCUCCUCCUCGUCUAUUUCGAUUUUUUCUUCACUCCCUCUUUACAUUGCUUGUUUCUCCUCUGCCUGACACUCUCUUAAGAAAAACAAUCCUUGCCAAUUUCUUCUUUCUUUCUUUCUUUCUUUCUUUCUUUCUUUCUUUUUCUUUCUUUCUGUACUUCUUUUAUUCUUUCUUUCUUUUUUUUCUUUCUUUCUUUCACCUUAGCAAAUUCUAUUCUCGGUGUCGAACUCCCACUCUCCUCGAUGGACUUACUUUUUCUUUAUCUCUUUCAUGCAUCUCCCUAUAUUACUUUCUCUCUCUCCCUCCCUCUCUCUCUCUCCUACUAGUCGCUGUCGCGGUUUGCUCACUUCUUCUAUAUGACAUGUUCAUUCAAUCACACGAAUACACAUUCUUCUUCUUUUUCUUCUUCUUCUUCUUUUUCUUCUUCUUCUUCUUCUUGACUUCAUUUUCUUGCCAUCUUUUUCUUCUUCUUUUUCGCCUCAUGCUUGUCUUCUUUUGUUUUUCUAUUCAUUCUUCUUCUUCUUCUUCUUUUCUUCUUCUUCUUCUUCUUCUUCUACUGCGACUACUUCUUCUUCUUAUCUUCUUUUUCUUUCUUGUUUUCUUGUGUUCUUUUUGUCAUUUCUUUAGUCUUCUUCUUGUUUUUUCUUAUCUUCUUCUUCUUCUUCUUCUUCUCCAUUUCUUCUUUUAUUCUUGCCUUUUUCUUUUUCUUCUUCUAUUUUCUUCUUUUAUUCAACUUCUUGUCUUCUUUUUUUCCGUAUCCUUGUCUCUUUCUUUUCUUCGUUUCCUUUUAUUGUCUUAUUUUACUUGUUUUCUUCUUCCUCAUCUUUUCUUUCCGUCUUCUUUUAAUUGUCUUAUUAAUAUCUUCUUUCUUUCUUUCUUUCUUUCUUUCUUUUUCUUCUUCUUCUUCAUUAAAGAAAGAUGGCACACAGAAAAUUUAGACACUCUUCACCACGACUACAACUAUUAUUUAGCUUUUGUUUCCUUCUUUCUUUUUUCUUUCUUUCUUUCUUUCUUUCUUUCUUUCUUUCUUUCUUCUUCAUUCUCAUUCCGAUUAAUAUUACCCUUAUCCCUUCACCUGCUCACAUCGUUAUUUUUAAGCUUUUCAAUUGACAUUGGCUAUCCUCUCUCUCUCUCUCUCUCUCUCUCUCUCUCUCUCUCUCUUUCUCUGUCUAUCUAUCUAUCUAUCUAUCUAUCUAUCUAUCUCUCUUUUUUGAUGUCUUACCUCUACAUACAAUCCCUCUUCAUGUUUGUGUUGAUGUUUGCUUUUAAUUUAUCAUCUAAAUUUCAUCGUUCUUAUUCAUUUACUCCUUUAAUUUCAUUCUUUUUCCUCUUUCUACUUUUCUUUCAAUAUUUUCUUUCUUUCUUUCUUUCUUUCUUUCUUUCUUUCUUUCUUUAA